AUGCGUUUUUCUAUUAUAUUUAGCGAGUUUAAUUAUUUCAAGUAUGCUAUUCAAAUUAGCAUUGUAUUUCUCAAGGUUUUUGUCAUUUUUUACGUCAGUGAUUAUACUACACAAAAAUCCCGUCACCGCGUCACACAGCCUAUCCAAGUCAGAGUACACAAUGCCAGUGCCGUCGUAGCCUUUGGAAGAUGGAUUGAAGCCGAGGAAGGUUUCGAGGCCGGAGCAAAGGUUAUUAAGUAUGGAUUUAAAUUUUGUCAAAUUUCUUGUCAAGCCCCCAAGGCGGCACAUGGUCAGGCAGUGGCAAGAGGUGGAAGAGGGGAAGUGAAGGGUGACAACGCACAAGUUAUGGUUAUGGUUUAA